AUGAAUACCUGUGGUGGUGGUGGUGCGGUGGUGGUGGUGGAGUAUUUGGAGUCAUCCAUGUCCAGAGAGCUUCUCUGCAAGUUCCCAGACAACUCAGCCUUCGAUUUCGACUACUCCCAGAGCUCCCUCUGGUCCCCUUUAGUCCCACGCCCCUUCCCUUCCUUUGCUAACAGUAGUGGUAGCUGUGGCCUCUCUGUCAUGGCCAUGGGACUUGGUAUAUCUUCAAUACAGAGAAAGCUAUCCUAUGGGGAGGAUGAUGGGUGGUCCCAGAAGAAAAAUACCACUCUGAAGAAAGUGACUGCAAACAUUAAGAAGAAGAUUAGCUCUACUGUGCUUGGUAAUGUUCAAAAUUAUCAUAAAUUGAAGGUAAAGAAGAAGAAGAAGAAGAUGAUGAACAAAAAGGUGGAUUUUGAUUUCUUCCCAAACCAUCCUUCUGUUGAGGGUAAUUCUACUACCCCAACCCCAAAAAAGGGAUGGGCUAAGCUGUUGAAAGUUGCCUCCAAACAUUUCAAGAGGACCACCAAGAAGAAGGAUCAUCCAACUUCAAUAUCAUAUUGAGUUUUCCAACUGUUUCACAGAUGGACAACCCCUGUUUUUUCUGGUGUUGCUUAAUUAUUUUUCUUCCAUUUAUUGGCAAUUUAAAUCGGUAGUGCACUAAUGUACUUUAUCAUAGAUUCCUUAAUAUUAAAACAUUAAGGAAUCUAUUCAACUGUAUUCAUUGCUACUCUACAAAGUAUUUAUUCCAACUAUUUAGGAUUGGCUAGUAUUGGGAGGUUUUUGACAAAACCUACCAUAUCAAUCUCGUGGGUUUGGUUUGUAUUCUCUCGUUUGUCUG